UUCGCGAAUUUUAUCUCAGAAACGCAUGACCCCCGAAACUACGAAUAUUAUUCAAGUUUCUAAUUUAUCUAUACAAGCAACUCAGGAACAAAUUGUAACCCUUUUCGGUUUUUUGGGGGCUAUAGACGAUUAUAAAUUAUUUUCCUCCGAACAACCAGAUUCAUAUUUGGGGAUUGAAGACCUAACUCAAGUCUGCUACAUUAAAUACAAAGAAUGUGUUAGUGCUCACAUUGCUCAGCAUUUAUCCAGCACAUUGUUCUUAGAAAAACCACUGAGCGUAGCAUUAUAUUUAAGAGAAGAAUUACCCGACACAUUGGAUCCUGACGCAGUGAAUGAAAAUAUUAAUUCUAUUUUGGCUCCUUCCUCCUCUUGGCCAUCUCACGUUGUUCACAAAAUAACGGGCUCUGGUCCUACUCAAUUGAUACACACAAUAGAUCCAAAACUCAGCAACCUAGGUCUGCCUCAAUAUCCUCCCCUUUCGGGAGUGUUUGAACCCUCGAGGAUCGAAGAAAUUAGGAGAACCAUAUACGUUGGCAACCUUAAUUCUAAAAUAAGUGGGGAAGCCCUCCUUACUUUCUUCGAUUCCAAUGUGGGUGAGGUCAAAUACGUUCGAAUGGCUGGGGAUGAUAGUCAGCCCACUAGAUUUGCCUUUGUCGAAUUUUCUAACCAAGAAUCUAUUCCUCUAGCUCUGCAAUACAACGGCGUUUUACUGGCCGAUAAACCACUCAAGAUUAACCACGCAAACAAUGCCAUAGUGAAACCUAAUUCCAAGCCACCUGAAAUAGUCCAAAAGGAGAUAGAGAGGGCCAUGAAUAAAGUCAAGGAGGUCGAAAAUCUUAUUUCUUCCGUUUUGGAUACUGCAGAUGACCUUAAAGCGAAAAAACGCAAAAAACACUCCCGCGAUUCUAGGCGAAGAAGUUCUAGCAGCAGUUCGACUAGUAGAAGUCGAUCGUCGCGGGAUCGGAGGAGACACAAAAAUAGCCGUCGCCAUGGUCACAGAAGUGGGAGCAGACGGCGUCAUAGGGAUGAUAGUGGUAAUAGGAGAAGAAGAACUCGUGAAAGGGAAAGUAGUAGGCAGCGUCGACACAAUAGGAGAUCGGAGGACAAGGAGGAAAGCAGACGUAGGUAUGGCAGGAGUAAUAGGACUAGUAAAAGAAGAAGUUCUUCUAGCCACAAGGAAAAACUGCGCAAUGAUAAAAAAUCUCAAGAAAAAAAGCAUAGAAGCAAAAGCAAAGAAAAGGUGUUCAAGUCAGGAACUAGCAGUAAACGACAUUCUAGCAAAAGCAAACCUCCCUCGAGUUCAAGCCGACGAGAUAAGGAUGACUCGGACAAGAAAAAGCAGACAAAGGUUGAUGUAAAAGGAAGCGAUAAAAAGACCAGUAGCACCAGCAAAGGACACCGGGGGAGAGAUGGUGGUACACCUGAAGUUAAACAUGGUGCCGAUAAAGAGCGAAAGACUACGAAACACGAUAAAGCAAGGCCUGAAAUUGAAAUUAUUGAAAUUAGAGAAGAAUCAACAAAAGAAAAAGAAAAAAAGACAUCUCGAAAGUCCCCUGAUACUUUUAAAAACAAAUUCAAAGAAAUAAAACAUUCAAAAGCAGACGAUAAAAAGCAAUCCAAAGCACACGAUGAAAAACACUCCAAAUCAGACGAUAAAAAACGAGCCAAAGCAGAAGAUAAUAUAAAAAAAAUAAAAACAAAAGAUAUAACACGUGAAAAUAGCGAUGAUAUAUUAUCGCGUCCCACAUCAGAAGAACGAUCUGAACAGCUUCAAAAUGGCAACCAAUUAACGCAAAAUGGCGUGAGUGCCUGUGAACCGGAAGUGGAUGAAAAAUUGUCUCCUAAGGAAUCUGUAAAUGAUUCUCCCUCUUCAUUUUCUCACGAUGAUGGCGAAGAAGAACCAAAUAUUUCAAUCCAGCACCAAAAAAGUGCUAAAGAUCCGGACACGUUAAACCAAACCCUCAUGCUGAAACUCCAACAAAUCGAGAAAGAAAUGGGAAUACUGGAGGCGGUUAAAGAACAAAUUUCUAAUCGAGAUGGUAGGGAUUCGUCCGUCCAUUCUAUUGAAAGCGGGGCAGAAACGGCCGAAAAGAAGAAAGAGCACAAAAAGAAGAAAAAUAAACAUAAGAAAUCGUCUAAGAAAUGACAAACAAAAAAAACAUAGUAAAAGGUAUUCGGAAAUAAUAAGAUCUUUAAAAAUAUUUUAAACAUUAAUUUUGUAACAUAUAUUAUACUUAUAUUUUUUUUUUUAAUAAAAAAAUUUCUUAGAUUUUGUACUCUAAUUUAUAUUAUAUUAUCUAAUAGUAUAUUUAUAAAUGUGUAUCUAAUAUGACAAUUGAUUAUAAAU